UGUGGAAGCGGAAAUAACACUCUUCGUAAUAUAAUGUUUCACAAACUUUAGGCACAUUCGUCGGGCGAUAAAUGGCCUAUUAUCAUCAAUAAUCGCUAUAUGAACGACUCGAAGCCAUUAUUUAUGCGCCCUAAACAACAGAAGGUUUGUUAGCCGACAAAAAAAACAAGCGAAACUUUUGCUUUUGUGCACCGCAACUUUCCCGAAGCGAGCGUGUAGUAUUUACAAAUUCGUGUUGAAACGGAAGCGAUGCGUAUCCGGAUAGCGAAAGCACUUCGACUGUCAGCACUCGAAAAAGCUCGCUGCCUUAUAUGAUUUUUUAUGGGCUUGUAAACGUUGUUUGACUCUUGUGGUUUGUGCACGUCGGUUGUGAAGCGUCUCAGCUUUGGAAAACAGCUUUUUUCGACUAUGGUUCGCGUCUGUGUGCGCCGAAGUUCUGACUCGCAGUAUUCACGUGCCAUAUACGAAGCCAUCAAAGGGAUUUGUUAUCAAAAGCAAUGCCCGAACGAAGAGCGAAUACUUCGCUUCGUUUUGCGUGAAUUUGAAUGGAAGCAAGCGGACAUCUCGAAGCAACUACGGUUUGCCGUCGAGGACGGACUCUUCCGAGAAACGCUUGCGAUUUCUCACAAAGGCUGCAAGAAAGGCAACGAGCAAUUGUCGUAUCGGAUUAUAAACAGCUUACAAGAACCGAACGAUCUUAAUGGCAAUUCAAAGACAACCAAGGAUGGUCUAGAUGAGCAUGACUGGUAUUGCUUUGACUGUCAAGAGUCAGGGGAGGUUAUCUUAUGUGAAUUCUGCCCACGUGUUUUUCACAGGAAAUGUGCGAAAGCUCAUUACAUCUCUCAAGAUGAGUCAUGGAAAUGUCCUUCAUGCAAGGCAGCAGAGGAGAUAAACUCGAUGAGUUCUUUGCCAAAAGAGAAGAUUGCAAAAAUGUUGGAAUUUACAAUGAAAAGAUUAAAGGAAAAGUUCAAGGAGUUAACAAAACAUGUUUCAACAGAACACUGUCCUGAUUACAACUUGUACAUCAAUCACCCAACAGAUUUGAGCCUUAUAGAAGAGGAGAUUGAAAAAAUUAAAUUUGCUUCUCCCGGACAGUUCAUGGAAGAACUAAAGUAUCUUCUUCAUAAUGCCAUCAUAUAUUUUGGAGAUGACGAUGAUUUUACUGUUAUGGCCGAAGAAUUGGUAGACGAUGCUAAGCAGGAGAUCGAGGAGAUGCUCUUGUGUCCAGAUUGUUACUUUCUCUCAAAUUCCAAACCCAAGGAUUGGUUUUGCAGACCAUGCAACCCUCCUCAUGAACUGGUCUGGGCGCAGAUGAAAAGUCAACCUCCCUGGCCAGCCAAAGUCUUGAAGUGGAACGACGACAGAACGAAAGCUUUAGUUAGGUUCUUCGAGUCACGCCACCAGAGAGCCUGGGUUUACUAUCGUAAUAUCACUCCGAUAACGAACAAGCCAAAUGUGAAAAAGCGACCACGAAGCUGGUUGGAUGGUCAACAAGAGCUGUAUAAGUACCAGAUGGAGCUCAGAGGAGCCGGCGGGGAUAUCAAGCCGAAAAUUGAAACACCUAUUGUGGAAGCGACCAUCGAGAUGGACGAUUCGCCGUCGACUUCCGACGAGAUCAGAAGUUGCUUCGCGUCCGUGUCGUGUCAAACCGACGAGGACCCGAACAAAACGGUCAUCGAUAAACUUCGGAAACGCAUCGACGAUUUGGAACAGGACUUAAAAGAGACUAAAGAGAAGUUAAAUUUUCAGCAACAAAAUAAAGACGCCGAAACGUGCAUCGACAAAGAGAACGACGGUUUCAUCACCAACGAUUCGAAGAUGAAAGUAAAAAAGCUCAUCGCAACCUUCGAAGACGCUCUUCAGCAGAACGGCAUCGAUGAGAUUGUCAAGGGUAAUAAUUCUGGGAAAGAGAGUUUGCUGGAGAAAAAGUUUACGGAAUUUAAGUCGCAAUGGGAGAGCGAGAAACGCACCGAGAUCGAUAAAAUCAAGGUGGAACUUCAGGUGAAACACGAUCGGGAAAUCCAAGAAUUGCGAGAAAAAGAGACUUUACAACGAAGGCAGUUUGCAGAUAACUUGAAACGCAUUACAGCGGAGCAAAAACGUCAGGAAAUCGAGGACGCUAAGGUGACCUUACAAAGGCAUCAUCAACAGGAAUUGGAGGAGAUUCGUAACGUUUUCGAGCAGAAACGACGCGAAAUCGAGCAGACCACCAACACCUUGCAAAGACGACACGUUGCUGGUGUGAACGAACUUCGAGCGGUGUUCGAGCAGCGCAGACAGCGGGAACUCGAGGAGACUAAGUCUAGCCUGGUGCGAUGCCACGAGAUGGAAUUAAACGAACUGCGUGUCGCUAUGAAUCGUGAACGCGAGAACGUGAUCUCGGAGUUGAAGCGCGAGCACGAGCGAGUUCUGCGCGACACGGAACGCAACGCGAAACGGAAACAGUGGUGUUGUAAUUGCAACGAGGAGGCAUCGUAUCCGUGUUGUUGGAACACAAGCUACUGCAGUCGACAUUGCCAGUUGGUUCAUUGGCAACAGCAUCGUCUUCACUGUAGUCGGAAUCUUGUUUAUGUCCCAAGCGGAAGAGCGACAAGUAAUUUGACAAAAUUAUGACGCUUUUGAGGAAUUGGUAACUCCGCUCCUGGCGAAAUUCUCACCUUGAGACUUGGUUGGACAGUUUGAGUAGGUAUUCGAUUUAGCGAUGUUGUGAAGAAAUCUUAAAGUGGACGUCGUGUAAGGAAUUUUCUAGCGAGAAUAACUUUUAGCCAGAUUUUUCAUUCCAUAUUGAAUUCUUGAAUAGUUUUAGUGUUUUAGAGAGAAGUUUUAGGAGUUAACUGGUUUUCAUAUACAUGUGGUGUUUCAUCGGCGAUGUCUAUUGUUGGUUUACAACGAGGAAUUUCGUUUUAAACUAAUCGGCAUACUUGUUUACAUUUUUCAAGCAAAGCCAAUCAGAAUGCCUACAUU